AUGUCGUUGACCAGAAAUCCCAUCCUCCCAGGGUUCAACCCGGAUCCCUCAAUCCUAAGAGUUGACGAUGACUACUACAUCGCUACUUCGACUUUCGAGUGGUACCCCGGUGUGCAGAUUCACCAUUCUAAAGAUUUGGUCAACUGGGACUUGGUUGUGCGCCCGCUAAAUCGCAAGAGCCAGCUUGAUAUGCGUGGUGAUCCCGACAGCUGCGGAGUCUGGGCUCCAUGUCUCACUCACGAUGGUGACAAGUUCUGGCUUGUCUACACAGACGUCAAACGAAAAGACGGGUCGUUCAAAGACGCCCACAAUUAUAUUGUCCAUGCCCCUGCCAUCACGGGACCUUGGUCCGAUCCGAUCUAUGCCAAUUCUUCUGGCUUCGAUCCUUCAUUAUUCCACGACGAGGACGGCCGCAAAUGGUUUGUCAACAUGCUCUGGGACCAUCGCCGACGACCCCUGCUCUUUGCCGGAAUCAUCUUGCAGGAGUUUGACCCAAAGGCAGAGAAACUCGUUGGACCCAAAAAGAACGUCUACCAGGGAACGGACCUGGCGCUUGUCGAAGGCCCGCAUCUCUACAAGCGAAAUGGUUGGUACUACCUGUUGACGGCUGAGGGAGGCACAGCAUAUGAGCACGCGUGCACACUGGCCCGAUCUCGCGAUAUUUGGGGCCCUUAUGAAACACAUCCGCAGAAACAUAUCCUGACGGCUAAGGAUUCCCCGUUUGCAGCCCUGCAAAAGUCCGGCCAUGGAGACAUUGUUGAAAGCCCAGACGGCAAGACCUAUCUGGUUCAUCUGACUGGACGGCCAACGGGCCAGAACCGCCGGUGCGUCCUAGGGCGCGAGACGGCAAUUCAAGAAGCAUACUGGGGCGACGACGACUGGCUUUACGUCAAGAACGGCCCGGUGCCCAGCCUUUUCGUCAGCCUGCCAGGUACCCGGGAUGACGCCUCGUACUGGGCGGAACAGAAGUACACGUUUGAAAACGGGUUGCACAAAGACUUCCAGUGGCUUCGAACACCCGAAACCGAGCGGAUAUUUUCUUGCGAAGGGGGAAAGUUGUCCUUGAUUGGGCGUGAGGCUAUUGGGUCUUGGUUCGAGCAAGCGCUGGUGGCACGUCGCCAGGUGCACUUUUCGUACGACGCCGAGACCGUGGUCGACUUCUCGCCGUCGGACGAGCGCCAGUUCGCUGGCCUUACCGCCUACUACUGCCGGUUUAAUUUUUUCUACCUGACCGUCACUGCGCACUCUGACGGCCAGCGAGAGUUGCUCAUCAUGAGCUCCGAAGCCUCCUGGCCCGAAGGCGCUCUUGAGGCCCCAGGGAGCCAGGCGAUCCAGAUACCAAACGAAGGCAAAGUGAAGUUGGCUCUGGCGAUUCGCGGGCAGCGGCUUCAAUUUUCUUACGGGCUGGAGGGGGGCGAGAUGACGGAGAUUGGGCCGGUUUUUGACGCCUCGAUAGUCUCGGAUGAGUGUGGCGGACAUCAGGCGCAUGGGAGUUUCACGGGUGCGUUUGUGGGCAUGGCUUGCUCUGACCUGAAUGGAACGGCGCUCGAGGCUACUUUUGAUUACUUCACUUACCGGCCAGCGCAUGAUGCCACGGAUCGGUAUGAUCCUUGA